AAACCAUCUUCAGCCAAUCAAUUUCUACCACGACCGCAACCGUGGCCCUUUGCGCUAUUGCACAUAUUUUUGUGUAAAGUAAACAAAUAUAGACGAAAAAAUAGCGCUACAGGAAAGGAAGGAAAAACACAUUCCAACACGACCGUGUGAAACAUGUUGGCUUGGCACAUUUUCACACUCGUCGCCGUAUUCCGACUCGGGGAGUGUCACGAUUUGAAGGGUUUCGAUGAUUCGGUACUGUUCAAUCUCGUAUGGCACGCCAAAAACGACAUUUUCCCAGCACCGGCCAAUUCGGAGGAAAUAUUCGUCACGUCCGCGAACAAGGAGAAGUAUCGCUGCCUAAUCCCGUCCAUCACGGCCAAGGAGACGACCGGUGAUGUGGAGUACAGUGGUCCCAGCCCGCUCGAGCUGCUCGAGCCACUGUUCACGUCGACCACGUGCUCGUACCGCAUCGAAAGCUACUGGUCGUACGAAGUGUGCCAUGGCAACUACAUCAAGCAGUAUCACGAGGAGCGGCACGAGAAGACGAGCAAGCUGCAGGAGUACUUCCUCGGCCGGUGGGACAAGCAGAAGACGGAAGCACUGAAGGCCCGGUACGCACAGGCCGACGCGGACAAGGAGCAGCAGAUGAAGUACAAAAAGAUCGAAGGCUUCAAUCUGCCCUACCUGGAGCUGGAGAUGGAUUCGGGCACGAUCUGCGAUCUGAAUGGGGAGCCGCGCGUCACGAAGGUGCUGUACGUGUGCUACCGGUUCGGCAAGAACGAGGUGUACUCGCUGAAGGAAACGUCCACGUGCAACUACGAGGUGAUCAUCCUGACGGCGGCCCUCUGUACGCACCCGAAGUACAAGCCGCAGGACACGGAGGAGAACAAGAUCAACUGCAGUCCGGUGGGGGAAGCGCCCCGGAAGCCGAAAGCGCUGCUCCAGCUGGAGGUGGACAAGCUGCGGCAAAAGUAUCAGCAGCUUACGGUUACAAUAAGGGAUGCAUUAGGAUAUGAAAUGCCUGAAAUGAGUGAGGACGGUUCCAUUCGGGGUGAUCCGAUGCGCAAGGAUACGACAUUCAACUUCGACUGGAAGGCAAUGGAAGAGGAAGCUGGUGCUGGUGAGGGUGAAACCCCGGUUUCAUCGAUGACCAGGCGGCCAAAAAAGUCGAAGGAACUUACCUCGCUGUUGGAAUUUCUCGAUGGCGCGUACUGUUUGCCAGGCGGAUCCGGCUGGUGGAAGUUCGAACUGUGCUUCGGCAAACACGUCCGCCAGUACCACAAGGACACCUCCAUCUAUCUCGGGUACUUUGAUGUGGAAAAGCACCGCGAAUGGUUGGAGAAAACCCCAUCGGCCCGGAACAAGCGCAAGCUCGAGAACCAGAUCAGCCACUUCUACACCGGUGGCGACGUUUGCGACAAAACCAACCAGCCCCGGCACGUGGAAGUAAAACUAAAGUGCACGGACAGUGUGGGCGCGCCGGAUGUGAUCGCUCUGUACCUGCUGGAACCGCGCCCCUGCGAGUACGUGCUGAACGUGGAAUCGUCCAAGAUUUGUGAUAUUCUGCCGCUGGCGUCGGACGAUAUGCUGCUGCCGGAAAACCUCCGACAGCUCGAGGACGAAACGCAACUCGUGCUGGACGGUGGUGCAGCUAAUGUAAAUAAUUGAUUUAAUCACCGUUUUCGAAAGUAAUUGCAGUAAAUUGCGCGCGUACUCAAUUGCUGAACUCUA